CACUACCGUGCCAAUACAUCAGAGAUUGUACGCGCCAUCGCUACUCACCUUAACAACAUCAUGGUCGUGGCUAUCAAUAAACACAUGGGCAUUGGCUUCGCAAACUUGGUACCCGAUCUACAGUGUCGCAUCAUGCAACUGCUACACGUUAGAGAGUGGACUGAACUUUCGUGCACAAGCCGCUCUGUGCAUGCUGUUUCUCAGUUCAGCUGCGUGGAGGUAGCUGUACUUGCAAAUACCGUCCAGGCACUUCACUUGAAAGAAAGAUUCAGGAUUUCUGAGAUCUCGCCGUGCCGAUCCGACCAACUGCGAGAGUCACACUUGUUUGUGCGCGCAUUCCGUAGUCUGUACACACGUGGUGGGUGUGAUCUGGUCUGUGCCUUCAUCAGAAGGUUCGGUACCUCACGGGUGCUGCACCCGGCACUGGUCACUGCAUCGGGACUCGGCUAUGCGGAUGUAGUGGAUCGCUUACACAACUACAUCACAACGAGCGCCCUUAAAUUCAACCCGCUUUUAUUGCGGGACGCGCUUUGUAUAAGUGCCUGGUACGGACACAUCGACGUGAUGAAGCUCUUGCUACAGCUCCGUUACGAUUGCUUUCCUGCUUCAGUGUUCGGAUAUGACGAGAGCGUUGAGUUCGCUUGUGUGCGCGGCUAUACAGAGGUGUUGCAGCUACUAUUGAAAGACGGGCGCUGCAACCCGGGCGGACACGGGAAUUAUGCCAUUGGUCUAGCCACUGCCAAGGGUCACACCGAUAUCGUACGGCUAUUGCUGGGGCAUCCGAGAGUGGAGAUCCCUUGCGGUGAGCACUGGGCCAUUCGCAGGGCACGUGCUGCUGGCCAUUCAGAAAUUCUGCAAUUGUUGGAGGGGGCUCGAUGACAUGUCGGUGUAUAUUAUCAUCAAUUUAUUAUGUCGAAAUGCAAUGUAGAAUUGUACAUGCAUGUAUAUUUAGAUACAAUUAUUAGUAUUUGACAACCGAUAGGCAGAUAUUUACGUAGAUGAUUGGAGUACAAGACGGGCUUCCCAGCGACAAAGUAUGCGCGUGUGGUAUUGUUUUAGACGAGAGUCGGGAUGCCAUAGCUGCGUUAAGCUAUUGAAGCUGUCGGCUAUCCGAUUGGGCUGAACAGAGAAGGUACCUUGAGACAAUUCGAGUAUAUCAUCGCUAUCAUUAGGUUAAGUGAACAUGCAAUAUAGAGCUGUAUAUGCAUGUUUGCUCAGAUAUUGAGUCUGGUGUUUGACAUAACAAACGUCAAAUGCAUAUGCAGACUCUGGAGAACAAGCCGCGCACUUCUCAGCGAAGAAGCAGACGCAAAAAGUACGGCCUCGAUUGCUCCUUCCAUGCGUCAUAGUACGCACAGUCGGUGGCCUACAAAAUUACGGGACAGGUUAGUUAAUUCAGCUCAGGUUCCUAUAAAUUAGUUCAUAGAGAUGGGCAAUUCAAAGAUCCAUAUACAAUAAACUCCAUCCAGGUGACGAACCGAUGGUUAUAUAUGCGCGAGCAUAGCACAUGAAAUAAGGAGUGAGAGAUGAGGUCAUGAGCCUGUGAGUUGCACUUCAUUUUUAUCUUCGAAAUAGCCAAAUUAUUUUAUCAUUAAAU